AUGAGUCGAGUGCGGCCCCGCCUCUCUGUCAUAACCGUGUACCUGGUGCGCGCGCGGCCGCCCGCCGCCCGCCGCCUCGCGCUCAGUCCCGCUUCAGAUGGCGAGAGGAGCGGCCGGCCGCACCUCGGGUACGUUAGCUCCGCGCACUCCGACCACGACUCCGUACGACAGAGCCGAGUAGCCCGCGAGUGUCCCUCACCGAGCCGCCAGCUCGGCCGCUACGCCGCUGGCAAGCCUGCCAUGCGCCGGCUC